AUGAUCACUGAUAUCGAGAAAGAAAUACAAAAUAAAUGUCAAAAUCUUCAGAUUCCAAAUUAUUUAAAAGAUGAUAAUUAUGAAACUGAUGCCGAAUUACUGCAAAAAGCAACUUUAUUCGCAUUGCGAUCAAAAUCGAUUUUUGAGGAUAUUAGAAAACUCUUCAAAGAUAUAAAAAAUAAGAAUGAUGAGGAAGAUGGGAAGGUGGAAAUAGUUAUUGCAGACAAAAUAUUGCAGGAUCUAGUGUAUACAUGUUGCACUUUUAUUUCUGCAAAAGAAUCUUGGGCUGACUCGGAGUUGAAAAAUAAAGCAAAUUUUGUUUUAGAAAGUAUUACAUCUCUAGAUCCAAAGCGUUUUCCGUCCGUGUCACGACUAGUACAAAUCUUUGCAAUAAAGAUCUUGGAAAGAUUCGUAAAACCAUGUUUUUUGCAAAAUUCCGAAUUCAACAAAACCGGUUCAAAGGUAAAAAAAUCGCGUGAGAAAACUGCAAAUAGCAUCGACGAGUCAAAACGCUUAGAUAUUAGUUUGGCUGCGUCAGCAUUGGAGUGGAUUGUUGUGCAGAUUCAGCAUCCCGAACUAGAUACAAUGAUUGGCCUAAUUAUUCCGCCAAUGUUAACUUUAAUUGAUGACUAUAGUGUAAAGUUUAAGAUUCAAGGCACGUCCAUUCUUGAUCACCUCUUAAAACAAGUGAAACCCACCAUUAUACAACGUAUGGGAUUGGGCAGUAUUUUCUUUGAGGCAUUAAUAGCUUGCUUAACAUAUCAAAGCGAAGAAAAGUACAUACCUUUAUUGCGCACAAGUUUUUCUGCUAUUCUCAAUCUCAUACCAUUAAUAGAGUCAUCAAAUCUUAAAGAGCAACAUGCUAAAUUCGAAAAGGUUUUAUUUGAUCAUAUUAUCCGAGGAAUAAUCUUCGCGGAUGAUAGACUUUCAAUUCGUAAAAUAUUGUUAGAACAGGUCCCACCUUUUACGGAUGCUCUUGGAAUUGUCGCGGUUAAAUAUUUAAAACAUUUGAUUCCGGCUAUUAGCAAUAUUUUAGAAAUUCCACUUGAUAUACCAGGUAAUAAACGAAUUCUAGAAUUGCAUAUUACUGCAGCUAUUGCUUUUGAACAUAUUAUCACGACUUGUUGGCCAAGGAUUCCUCGAUAUGAAGGCCCGAUCCUAAAAGCAAUAGUUACUUCUUGGAGUCAAACGAUUGCGUUCGAGAAAAACGAAAAACCAACUGAUAAUUCCAUAAAGCUUAAAGAAACAUUACAAAACUUGUGUCGAUUACUUUCGUUUGCAUGCAAUAAUCAUCCAAAUUUUCAGAAUGAUUGUCAAGUGUUACAAAAGCUAGACCCUGAUGUAUUUAAUCCAUUGUUCGAUCACAUUUGUUUAGAAAGAUAA